AUGGAACGCAUUAUGACUGCACAGGCUUAUCAGAGGGGCGGAGAUCCAUCAACAACGUACUACGCUACCAUGAAAAAGGUCUUCGAAAUAAACCCACGUCACCCAGUAAUGAAGAAGUUGAAUAAUCUCAUAAAAUCUAAUCGAAAUGAUCCUACCAUAAACCAUACAGCAAAUUUACUGUUUGAUGUUGCGGUUCUUCGUUCAGGAUUUUCUGUAAAAAGCCCUGUUGCAUUCGCUGAACGAGUUGAGUCAGUGGUUAAAAAGAGCUUGGAUAUCGACCCAACUGAAAUGGUUGAACAAGAACAAGAGGUUGAUGAUGAAUCUAAUGAUAAAGUGAUUGUUACAGAUGAGGAAGUAGAAGAAAAACCUAUUUCGAGUGAAAGUGUGACAGAAAAUGCAUCUGAAGAAUCUUUACAAGACAACAUCUAUAAAGAUAUAUGGAGGCAGAACAGAACUGAAGGCAGUAAAUUAUCCUCAAGUGAACUGGGAAGUAUAUCAGAACACAGCAGACGCAUACCAGUUAUCCCAUCUUCUGAAAGUGAUAUUCUCUCCGAGUUUGGUGCUAUACAAAAAUGCCCCACGUGUAGGCGACUUUUAGGAUGCAAUUCUCGGGUUCACACUACAAGGAGUGAGUCAUCGGUUGCUGAUGACAGCACUGACGUAAAGUAUGAGAAAGACGAUCGGUACCAGGUUAUUGAAGAUGACGAUGAUAACGACAAUGAAGACGAUGAAAUCAGUGACAACCAAAUAGAAACAGAUGAUGAUAAAGAAGAGGAAGAAGUCGAUGAAGAUUCUGGAGUUGACUUAGGUGAGGAAAUUUCAGAGUCAAACAUUAAAACAACAUUUAGACACAUGCGUAAAUUAGAAGAGUCUAUAGAUGAUGAUGAUGAUCAUGAUGAUACUGAUAAUGAUGACAGCGAUACUGAGUAUAGGAAUUGUUUAUCAAUGUGCGCCUCUAGGCAUAAAAAGAAACAAUAUUUAAGGUAUACUGUUACGAAUAAAAGUGAGCAGGAAGACGAACAAGACGAUGACGCAGAUGAGGAGGGGGACCACGAUGAGGAGGAUUUAGUAUUAUUAUCUGUCGCAGAAACUAAAACAACUCCUUCCAAUCCUAAAAGCUUAUCUGAUGCAUCUGUGGAUAAACAACAAGUAAACGAAGAGAAAACUUUAAAAACUACUGAACAAAAGUCUGAGGAAAUAACAAAAGAACAGAAUAUUAGUAAACAGAAAGAUGGUGACAAUGAUGAAGAAGAUAGUGAUGAUGCUGAUGACGACGAGGUUGAUAGUCAUCACCAAGAAGAUGAGGAUGACAGCGAUAAUGAUGAUGAUGAUAAUAAUAGUGACGUCCCUAGAUCAGACUGUCACCAAGGUGUUAGAAAUGAUAAACAGUUUCUCCGUGAAGAUGAAGACGCCGAUGCGAACGAUGUCGAAGACGAUGGUGAGGAAAAUGAUGAUGUUAAUACCGAUACUCCUGAUGCUGACGAUGACGCUGGUGAUGAUGAUGAUGAGCAGGUUGUAAGCACAGAGUAUAAAUUCGAUAUGUCUAAGACAAAGUCUUCCGGUCAUAAUCAGCACACAAAUGUAAAAGUUGAAGAAGACUACACUAAUGAAUACGAUGAAACUGAAGAUGUCGAAGAAGAAAGUGAAGAUGAUCAACCAGAAGAUUUAGAUUUGGAGAUUUCAGCUGAAGAAGGCUAUGAAGAUGUUGAUGAUCCAGAUUUCAGUGAUUGGAUAGAGGCUGAUGAAGAAUUAAAUCCUAAUUGGCCUGGUUCGAGAAAGUUAAUGACGGUGAAAACAACAUCCUCUCCUACAGCCAAAUCGAAAUCUCAUUCUGAACCAGUAUCUGGUAAUGCAAAGAACAAGAAACCUGCAACAACGACAAAAGGGAAAACAACAACCAAAACGCCAACACCGAAGAUAUCUGAAAGUCAAAAGUAUAAACAAAGCAAAGAAAAAUCACCUCCAAAUCAGCAUCAUCAGCAAAAUCAACCUGACAAAUCAAAAUCACCACCGUCAACAAAGCAUACAGAAGACAAUUCUAAGAAGAUUAUACCUAAAUCUGUCCCACAACAGGAAAAAUCAAAGAAGCCUAUUGUAUCAAAUUUAAACUCUAAGGCAACCGUACCAAAAUCAAAACAUGUUCGAAUUGUUGGUAAUAUAAAUGAUCAUGAUUGUGAUGGUAUACCAGAUGAUAUUGACGAAGAUGUGGACAAUGAUGGUCUUUUGGAUCGUACUCAGGAUUCGGAUUGGGAUGGACUACUGAACCAUAUUGACGAAGAUGAUGAUAAUGAUGGUAUUCCAGAUGUUGAAGAUGAAGAUUCUAAUGGUGAUGGUAUAUUAGAUUGCCGUACUGAUGUUUCAGACAUAAAAUUAAAAGUACGAUACAAAAAGAAAAUGCGAAAAAUUGAUAGUGACUUCGAUGGUAUUCCUGACGAUGUAGACGGAGAUGAUGAUGACGACGGCAUUCCAGAUAUUAUGGAAGAUGAAGAUAAAGACCAAAUUCCUGAUUUCUUGAAACUUACACACAGUGACUUUUUAAAAGGUGUCAGUAAUAAAGAAUUGAACAAACGAAUGAAUAAACGUGGCUGGUAUGAUCAUGAUUGUGAUGGUAUUCCAGACCAUCUUGAUCCAGACGAUGAUAAUGAUGGUUAUUUCGAUGCUAAACAAGAUAGCGACCGUGAUGGUGUACUCAAUGAAUUCGAUGAUGAUGAUGACAAUGAUGGAAUACCCGACUCAGAAGAUCUUGAUUCCAAUGGAGAUGGUAUUCCAGACUGCAUAGUUAAGGAUACGGAUGGUGAUCAUAUUCCUGACCAUAUUGACACGGAUGAUGAUAAUGACGGAAUACCGGAUUUACAAGAUCCCGAUCAUCCAAUGUUUGAUUAUUUUCGUGACUCAGACAUGGAUGGCAUUCCUGAUACACUAGACAAGGAUGAUGAUAAUGAUGGCAUUCCAGAUAGCAUAGAUUUUGAUUCAGAUGGAGAUGGAUCAGAUGAUUUAUUCCAAGAUGUUGAUAAAGAUGGUGUUCCAGAUAGUGUGGAUGAUGACAUGAACAAUGACGGGAUUCCUGAUCAUAGACAAGAUCAUGAUUGUGAUGGUAUUCCAGAUAUUAUUGAUCCAGAUGAUGAUAAUGAUGGUUAUUUUGAUACAAAACAGGAUAGUGAUAAUGACGGAAUUUUGAAUGAAUGGGAUGAUGACGAUGAUAAUGAUGGUAUUCCAGAUAUCGAUGAUGAAGAUUCAAACGGUGAUGGAAUUAUUGACUGUCAACCACAUGAUAGUGAUGGUGAUGGUAUUCCAGAUCAUUUGGAUGAAGACGACGAUAAUGAUGGUAUACCAGAUCAAAAAGAUCCUGAUUCAAUGUCAUUUUUACUGUAUAAGCAUAAACGUUUCCUUGAAGCUGUUCCAGCACAUAUUGCACGACAUGAAGCUAACUUGUUGAAUGUUGAUCUAGGCGAUCCAAAUGAUAAAGACUGUGAUGGAAUUCCUGAUCAUAUUGACAAUGAUUUAGAUAAUGAUGGAAAAAUCGAUAGAACACAGGAUUCGGAUAUGGAUGGUUUAUUAAAUCAUAUUGAUGAAGACGAUGAUAAUGAUGGUAUUCCUGACGUCUUGGAUCCAGAUGCAAAUGGUGAUGGUAUACCAGAUUGUCGUCGUGAUGGAGGUCUACACUACAAAUUAGUUAAAUCACCAUCCGGUCUAAUUAAAAAGGUGUUGAGAAUACGUGAACCAACACAAGAAGAACAGCAUAUGGCAUAUAUGGUGAAUGAAGCCAAACGUAAAUUAAUACGUAUACGCGCUAGACUAGGUGAACCAGUACCAAAGAAUACAAUACAAGCAGACAAUCCUGAUAGUUCAAAUAAUGAUAAUCAUGGCAGUGAAAAGAAGUCAAAAGUUAAGUCAGUUCCCGCAAAACUUGGUCAGUCAAAUUUGAAUGUAAAAAAUGAUCAUUCACAUACACCUACAACUUCUAAACACUCAUCCAAUAAUAAACCAGCUAACACUGGUACUGUGAACACAAAGAAAACAACAACACAAGGAACAAAAAUCAAUCCAUCUUCUGUAAAACAACAACCACCAUCACCGUCAAACAAUGAACAUGGUGUAAAGUCAACAAAUAAACGACAAAAUCGUAAAUUGGCAAGUUAUGUAGCAACUGAACACAUUGACCCAUUCUAUGCAUUGAAUAAAGAUAUUUUACUUAAUGUUCAAAGUUUUGACAAUGAUAUCGAUGACAGGGAUGAAGAAGAUGACGAGACAAGUAUUAACUUAGCUGAGCCGAAUUUAAAAACUUCAGUUAUUGGAAGUUUUUUACUACCUGGAGCAGCAGCUGAUGAAAUGGCUGGACAACGUAAAACAAAACCACUGAAAGUAAAACAGAAUGAAGUUUCACAGCCAAUGACGAAUGAUAAAUUAAAGGCUAAAAAACAGAAGGUAAAUAAAAAUAACAAAAUUGAAAUAUCUUCAAAAUCCAAUAAAAAGAAAGAGGCUUGCGAUGCUCGUUCAUGUCAAAAUUCUAACGAGAACAAACAUCCUCAUCCAAAAGAUACAAAAUAUUCAAAGUCAGCAUCUAUCACCGCUUAUUUGCAUGAAGAUGAUGAUUAUGACGACGAAAUCUCUGUAGACUCUGAUGGAGACGGAAUACCGGAUUACUUAGAAGACGAAGAUGGUGACGGGAUUCCCGACUACCUGGAAGAUGAAGAUGGAGACGGCAUUCCUGACAACCUGGCAGGCGAUUCAGAUGGAGAUGGUAUUCCCGAUUAUCAGGAAGAUGAAAACGAAAACGGCAUUCCAGAUUAUUUAGAAGAUGAAGAUGAAGACGGAAUACCCGAUUACCUUGAUGGGUGUGUUCACAGCAAAAGUAAAGGUAAGUACACUUUGGAUAGAAAUGCAGAUGGAAAUUAUGAUUAUCUAGAAAAAGAUUCAGAUGAAGAUGGUAUUCCAGAUUAUUUAGAAGAUGAAGAUGAAGAUGGUAUACCAGACCAUCUGGAAGGUGAUUCCGAUGGAGAUGGAAUCCCUGACCAUCUGGAGGAUGAAGAUGGUGAUGGGAUACCAGACUAUCUGGAGGACGACGAUGGGGAUGGCAUUCCCAACUACCUCGAUAAGAGACAUGACAAGAGAGUUGUCAAAGUCCCCAAACACAUUGACAAGGAUGGAGAUGGAAUUCCAGAUCAUCUGGAAGGUGAUUCCGAUGGAGAUGGAAUCCCUGACCAUCUGGAGGAUGAAGAUGGUGAUGGGAUACCAGACUAUCUGGAGGACGACGAUGGGGAUGGCAUUCCCAACUACCUUGAUAAGAGACAUGACAAGAGAGUUGUCAAAGUUCCCAAACACAUUGACAAGGAUGGAGAUGGAAUUCCAGAUCAUCUGGAAGGUGAUUCCGAUGGAGAUGGAAUCCCUGACCAUCUGGAGGAUGAAGAUGGUGAUGGGAUACCAGACUAUCUGGAGGACGACGAUGGGGAUGGCAUUCCCAACUACCUUGAUAAGAGACAUGACAAGAGAGUUGUCAAAGUCCCCAAACACAUUGACAAGGAUGGAGAUGGAAUUCCAGAUCAUCUGGAAGGUGAUUCCGAUGGAGAUGGAAUCCCUGACCAUCUGGAGGAUGAAGAUGGUGAUGGGAUACCAGACUAUCUGGAGGACGACGAUGGGGAUGGCAUUCCCAACUACCUCGAUAAGAGACAUGACAAGAGAGUUGUCAAAGUCCCCAAACACAUUGACAAGGAUGGAGAUGGAAUUCCAGACCAUCUGGAAGGUGAUUCCGAUGGAGAUGGAAUCCCUGACCAUCUGGAGGAUGAAGAUGGUGAUGGGAUACCAGACUAUCUGGAGGACGACGAUGGGGAUGGCAUUCCCAACUACCUUGAUAAGAGACAUGACAAGAGAGUUGUCAAAGUCCCCAAACACAUUGACAAGGAUGGAGAUGGAAUUCCAGAUCAUCUGGAAGGUGAUUCCGAUGGAGAUGGAAUCCCUGACCAUCUGGAGGAUGAAGAUGGUGAUGGGAUACCAGACUAUCUGGAGGACGACGAUGGGGAUGGCAUUCCCAACUACCUUGAUAAGAGACAUGACAAGAGAGUUGUCAAAGUUCCCAAACACAUUGACAAGGAUGGAGAUGGAAUUCCAGAUCAUCUGGAAGGUGAUUCCGAUGGAGAUGGAAUCCCUGACCAUCUGGAGGAUGAAGAUGGUGAUGGGAUACCAGACUAUCUGGAGGACGACGAUGGGGAUGGCAUUCCCAACUACCUCGAUAAGAGACAUGACAAGAGAGUUGUCAAAGUCCCCAAACACAUUGACAAGGAUGGAGAUGGAAUUCCAGACCAUCUGGAAGGUGAUUCCGAUGGAGAUGGAAUCCCUGACCAUCUGGAGGAUGAAGAUGGUGAUGGGAUACCAGACUAUCUGGAGGACGACGAUGGGGAUGGCAUUCCCAACUACCUUGAUAAGAGACAUGACAAGAGAGUUGUCAAAGUCCCCAAACACAUUGACAAGGAUGGAGAUGGAAUUCCAGAUCAUCUGGAAGGUGAUUCCGAUGGAGAUGGAAUCCCUGACCAUCUGGAGGAUGAAGAUGGUGAUGGGAUACCAGACUAUCUGGAGGACGACGAUGGGGAUGGGUUACCAGACUAUCUGGAAGAUUCAGACGGUGAUAGUGAACCAGAUGUUUCAUAUGACGAUGAUUCCGCUACACAGUUUUCAGCAUCUAAACAUUCAUUACCGAAGAAACAUAGAGAUAUUAAUAAAGAUGGGAUUCCUGAUUACUUGGAAGGUGAUGAAGAUGGAGAUGGUGUACUUGAUUAUAAGGAAGACUCAGAUGAUGAUGGAAUACCUGAUUAUCUAGAGGAUGAAGAUAACGAUGGAAUUCCGGAUUACUUGGAUAAUACGUUUAGCCCCAAUCGUAUGACUAAAUUAAAAAUCGAAGAUAUUAAUCGAAAUGGUAUCCCUGAUCACUUGGAAAAUGAUUCAGACUAUGAUGGUGUUCUUGAUUAUUUAGAAGAUUCAGAUAAAGAUGGUAUACCAGAUUAUUUAGAAGAUACAGAUUCAGAUGGUACACCGGAUUAUAUGGAUGAAGAUGCAGUGAGUCAGUUCUCACCGAGAAAAAUACGCGGUCGGGUAACUGGCAAAAAAUUUGCUGAUGCUGAUAAAGAUGGUAUACCGGAUCAUUUAGAAGGUGAUCUAAAUCACAAUGGUAUCAGAGAUUAUCUUGAAGACACAGAUAAUGACAAUGUACCAGAUUACCUUGAAGACUCUGACAAUGAUGGUAUACCAGACUACUUGGAUGAAGAUGCAACAACGAAAUUUUCACCUAAAGUUUUAAGAAAAUUAAAGCCUACGAGAUAUUUCGCUGAUAUAGAUGGUGAUCAUAUACCAGAUCAUUUAGAAGAAGACAAUGAUGGUGAUGGAAUUCCAGACUAUCAAGAAGAUACAGAUAACGAUGGUAUACCGGACUACUUAGAAGAUACUGAUAGUGAUGGCAUACCAGACUACAUAGAUGAAGACGCUACAACACAAUUUUCGCCGAGAAGAUAUCGUAAAUUACGUUCAACAAUGAAAUUUGAAGAUGAUGAUGGGGAUGGUAUCCCGGAUCAUUUACAGGGUGACUCAGAUGGUGAUGGUGUUUUAGAUUUUCUUGAAGAUAGUGAUGGUGACGGUAUACCAGAUUAUUUAGAAGAUGCCGAUGGUGAUGGUGUACCAGAUUAUCUGGAUGAAGAUGCCAGUAGUCAAUUCUCACCAAAACAUUUUACUGAUAAGAAUAGGGAUGGUAUACCAGACCAUCUAGAAGGUGACUCAGACGGUGAUGGUAUACCAGAUUAUCUUGAAGAUACUGAUAAAGACGGUGUUCCAGACUAUUUGGAAGAUUCAGAUCACGACGGCAUACCAAAUUAUUUGGAUAAUGAUGUUGUUGACGUUGAAGUGGAAGCAGUUAUUGAAGCCUUCGAUAAAGAUACCAAUAACAAUGGUAUACCAGACUACUUGGAAGACUGGGAUGGUGAUGGUAAACCCAACUAUCUAGAAGAUGAAGAUCAUGAUGGUAUUGCAGAUUUCUUGGACAAGAAGGAUAAUCGUUUAUUAAGGUUGAAUAAAAAGAAAAAAUCUAAACAUCAGAAAUCAAAUGAUAAAAAUGCUAAUUUUAUCCCAGAUCAUCUAGAGAUUGAUUUAGAUGGAAACGGUAUCCCAGAAUAUAAACAAGAUUCUGAUUCUGAUGGUAUACCAGAUUAUUUAGACGAAGAUUACCACCAUAAUAAUAUUGCAAAAUCAUCAAAAAAGAAAGGUAAAAGCAAAGCUUCAAAUAAAAUUGAAAUGAUCAAUAUGAAACAAGAUUCUAAUGGUGAUGGAAUCCCAGAUUAUUUGGAUAAUGAUGUAAAUGGAGAUGGUGUACCAGACAAUAAAAUUAAAUUGGUUGAUCAAAAUCAUAAUGGUAUUCCAGAUCAUUUAGAAUUAACUGAUUCAGACAAUGAUGGAAUUAUUGAUUUGUACGACGAUGAUGAUGACAAUGAUGGGAUUCCAGAUGAUGAAGAUGAUGACGAUGACAACGAUGGUAUAAAAGAUCAUCAUGAAGCUAAGGAUACAGACGGUGAUGGCAUUCCCGAUUAUUUAGAUGACGAUGAUGAUGGAGACGGUAUACCCGAUGUUGAUGACGAUGAUGAUGUGAAAGAAAACAAACCGCUAUCUAAACCAACCCCACCCAAGUCUCAACCACCAGCGAAAUCGAAACAGACAGCACCGCCAAAAAAAGUCCAUGGACACGUGACCAAUCAUAAACAUGAUAACAAUGAGGAUGAUGAUGAUGAUGAUGAUAAUAGUGACAAUGAUGACGAUGAAGAUAGUGAUAGUGACAAGAAACCAUCCAAAAGGAAAGACAGUGGUAUCGUUAUCGAUGAUGACGAUGAAGAUGAUGAGACAGAUGACGCUGAACAUAUGUCUAAAGCCCGAUCUAUUGUUUUGUCCAUAUUGAAACGUAUUGAAAAUAUUUUCGGUGUUGAAGAUAAUAAUGAUAACGAUGAUGAUGAUAAUACAGAAGGAACUCAUGAUCAUUAGAAAGAACUUUAUUUCCCUUCUUUUUUUAUAUGGAAAAAAAAGAAACAUAAAUAAUUGAAGGAAAAAGAGAUAGAUUUGGUUUAAAUUAGGUGAAAAACAGUUAGUUAUUUUCUUCCUUUUUAGUGUUCAUAUCUGGUUCAUUCAUUGGCUCAAGAAAUAUACUUGAUUUCACCUUCUCUAUGUGCAUCGGUUAUGUACAAUUGUAUGAUUUCUUUUUGAUCAUAAAAAGGCACAACUCAAUCUCAUCUAUCCAAGAGCCUUGAACACUCCGCUUAAUAGCUGUUAUUUUCGUUUAACAUCACUUUUGUUUUAUUUUUGUUUUCGAGUCAUUUAAAUCAUACCCAAUUUGUAUGUUUUGUCUCUUUCUAUUGUUUUAGUUUGUUUGUGGUAGAGAUAGAAUUUUUGGAAACAAAGAUAGAGUUUAAUCUACAUAAAUGUAUACAUACAAGGAAAAUAUGGUAGAGAAUACACUUUUUUAAAUGAGCCAAUAGAAAAAUCAGAAAAAUAGAUUGAAUCUACCUUGAUUUUUCAUUUCCUGUUUUAUUUUGAUUGAUUUCGUUUUUGGGAUUUUUUAGUUCAACUAAAUUAUUCGUUAUAUAUACCCACCUCAUUAUGCUCUAUCAUCACUUCGACCUAGUUAUUCAUCGAUUUUCGAUGGUGAUGAUAAUGAUCAAUAAAUCGAACUUGUUCCUCUCUCUUUCUCCCCUUUUGUCCUUUUUUUUCUUCUUCAACUAUGUAUUUACUCCUACACAGUAUGAUUUCUCACUAUUCAUCAUGUUGUUGUCGUUUAACUUUUCCCCUUGUUCUUUUUAUUGUUCACAGAAAUUCAGUAUACAUCCAGGAAUAUAAUAUUAUUUAGCUGAGUUCAGAUAAGGAUUCUUUUAAUGCCUUUACUUGAAAUAAACCUCCGGUUUCUUUCUGAA